AUGGCGAGCGAGCGCAAUGGCGGCGAGCGCGUGGAGAACGGCGGCGGCGCGCCCUUGGAGAUGCCGGAGAUCAGGUUCACCAAGCUAUUCGUCGACGGGAGGUUCGUCGACGCCGUCUCUGGUAAGACGUUCGAGACCAGAGAUCCCCGCACAGGGGAUGUGAUCGCCAACAUCGCUGAAGGUGACAAAGAGGAUGUAGACUUGGCCGUGAGGGCGGCAAGGGAAGCAUUUGAUCAUGGCAAAUGGCCUCGCAUGUCCGGAUCCGAAAGAGGAAAGAUCAUGCUGAAGCUCGCGGACUUGGUGGAGCAGCACUCGGAGGAGCUGACCAGGCUGGAGAGCCUGGACGCAGGCAAGGUGCUCAUGGUGACCAGGGUGGUCGAUAUCGGCAGCUGCGGCAGCACCCUGCGCUACUUUGCGGGAGCCGCUGACAAGAUCCAUGGUGAGACACUCAAGAUGUCGAGGCAGUUCCAGGGGCACACCCUGCGCGAGCCCAUCGGCGUUUCUGGGCUCAUCAUCCCCUGGAACUUCCCUGCCAUCAUGUUCUUCAGCAAGGUCGCCCCAGCGUUGGCUGCUGGCUGCACCAUGGUCGUCAAGCCCGCCGAGCAGACCCCGCUCAGUGCCCUGUACUUUGCUGACUUAGCCAAGCAGGCAGGAGUCCCAGAUGGGGUGAUCAAUGUGAUCACAGGCUUCGGUCCAACCGCAGGAGCAGCAAUCGCGUCUCACUUGGACGUUGACAUGGUCAGCUUCACUGGAUCGACAGCAGUUGGGCGGCUCAUAAUGGAGGCCUCGGCAAGGAGCAACCUGAAGCCGGUGUCUCUCGAGCUGGGCGGCAAAUCUCCGCUCAUAAUCUUUGAUGACGCCGAUGUAGACAUGGCCAUCGAUCUUGCCAUCAGCGCUAACUUCUUCAACAAGGGUGAAGCGUGCGUGGCGGCAAGCCGCGUGUACCUGCAGGAGGGCAUCUACGAUCGGUUCGAGAAUAAGUUGGCGGACAGGAUGAAGAACUGGGUCGUUGGGGAUCCUUUCGAUCCUCGUGUCAAUCAAGGGCCUCAGGUGGACAAGGCACAAUACGAGAGGGUGCUGAGCUACAUCGAACAUGGCAAGAGAGAAGGCGCCACCAUCCUGACAGGAGGGAAGCCCUGUGGUCAGAAAGGCUACUACAUCGAGCCUACGGUUUUCACCGAUGUUAAGGACGACAUGAUCAUAGCAAGGGAGGAGAUCUUCGGACCAGUCAUGUGCCUGAUGAAGUUCAGGACGAUGGAGGAAGCGAUCGCGAAGGCGAACGACACGAGGUAUGGGCUGGCAGCCGGGGUGGUGACCAAGAACAUCGAUGUAGCGAACAGGAUGAUCCGGUCUAUCCGUGCUGGGGUGGUGUGGCUCAACUGCUACUUCGUCAUGGACGGCGACUGCCCGUUCGGGGGCCGCAAGGUGAGCGGGUUCGGCAAGGACGCCAGCAUUCACGCGCUCGACAAGUUCCUUGCCGUCAAGGCCGUGGUCACCCCCGUCUACGACUCGCCCUGGCUCUAGCCUCUCUAGCUAGCUUGCUUCUUUAGUUCCGAUGUGAUGCAUCAAGAAAGAGAGACAAUGUUCUCUCACCGUCCGACAGCGUUUUCUGUUGAU